AUGAAAGUCUGGGAAAGAAUAAUAGAGAGAAGAAUGAGAGAAGAGUGUGAGAUAACACAAAACCAGUUCGGAUUCAUGCCCGGUCGAGGUACGACAGAUGCCAUUUUCGCAUUACGCCAAUUGUGCGAAAAGUACAAGCGCGUGCAUAAAGAUCUGCACAUGGUUUUUGUCGACCUUGAAAAGGCGUACGAUCGGGUUCCCCGUGAGGUCUUGUGGUGGGCGUUAAAGAUGAAAGGUAUGCCUGGGAAAUAUGUGAGGUUGGUCCGUGCUAUGUACAGAGCAUCCCGUACAUGUGUACGAUCUGCCGCGGGAACUACGGGCAGUAUCGAUGUGGCGGUAGGGCUGCACCAAGGGUCGGCACUGAGCCCUUACCUCUUCCUACUGAUUAUGGACGCUUUGACGUCGGACCUGCAGGAUGAGGCACCCUGGUGCAUGCUCUUUGCCGAUGACAUCGUGCUUGUCGGGGAAGAAGGCAUCGAGGUACAGAGCAGACUGACGGGGUGGCAACGGAGGCUGGAAAGUGUUGGCCUGAAGAUCAGCAGAUACAAAACCGAAUAUCUGUGCUGUGAUUUCGGCGGUCUUUCCAGUCCUGUACCCAUGUCGUUGGAUGGCGCUAUACUGCCUAUCUGCUCAGAUGUCAAGUACCUCGGUUCCCUCAUUCAAGGCGACGGCGGAAUAGAUAGAGCUGUGCAGCAUAGGAUUAACGCAGGAUUUAAGGCUGAACACAACAGACAAUACGCCAGUGAUGUGGAGCACGCUAAACGCUUGAACAUCUUCAGACAGAAUCUACGAUUCAUUAACUCUAAUAAUCGCGCGCGGCGUGGCUUUACUUUGUCUGUGAACCACCUGGCUGAUCGCACCGACGACGAGCUGGCGGCUUUACGGGGACUAAGAUACAAUGGAUCCAUACCUAUGGGUCUACCCUUCCCGUACGGAGAAUCCGAGUUGAAAGAGAUGCAAAUGAUACUGCCUCCCGAAAUUGACUGGAGACUGGUCGGUGCUGUCUCACCAGUGAAAGACCAGAUAGCGUGCGGUUCGUGCUGGUCGUUCGGAGCCAUCGGUGCUGUAGAGGGCGCGUUUUUCUUAAGCAACGGCGGCCACCUUGUUCGUUUCAGUGAACAGGCGCUCAUCGAUUGUUCUUGGGGCUUCGGCAACAAUGGCUGCGCCGGUGGCAUGCCAUUUUACGCUUACCAGUGGAUCAUGAAGCACGGUCUACCCACUGAAGAGGAUUAUGGCGGUUACUUGAAUGAGCUGGCAAUCUUUGAGCAUGGUCCGAUAUCGGUCGGGAUCGACGCUUCUCACAAGAGUUUCGAGUUCUACUCGCACGGAGUAUACUUCGAACCAAGAUGCAAAAACAGAAUAGAGGACUUGGACCACGCAGUCUUAGCGGUAGGGUACGGCACCCUCAACGGACUGAAAUACUGGCUCAUCAAGAACUCCUGGUCAAACCUGUGGGGCGACAAUGGAUACGUGCUCAUGUCCUCCCUAGACAACAACUGCGGUGUGGAAACUGUGCCCACCUACGUACUCAUUUAG